AUGAAUAACUCUACCAAAAGAAAAGCAUCAACGGCCGGGCUGUCAACGACCGGUCGAACAGUCAAGCGGAGGGCAUCUAAAGCAUGUCACUGCUGUAGAUCAAGAAAGGUCCGCUGUGACGUCGUCGAGAGUGGCAUACCAUGCACCAACUGUAGACUCGAUGAAGUCGAGUGUAUCGUCACAGAAGGAAAGCGAAGGAGGAAAACAUUUCCUGAGGGAGAGGUGCUCCAUCACUCUCCCUGCCACUCGAUCGAGGAGGAGAAGGAACAACCACCCCAGUUCCCAAUCUUUGACGAUAUCGAUGGUCUGAGUGAUCUUGCUCCCACCUUCUCUAAUAGUGCGGAGCCCGUCCAGAAUCUUAAUGCAUUGGAAUUCGAACUUUGCCAUCACCGCCCUCAUAUGUUGUACCGAACGCAAGGUCAUCGAUUGAGCCUUGAGGAGCGUACAAGACGAAUGUCGAACAUUAGUACUAAGACGCUUCCCACUUCGCUUACAUUGUGUUCUGGGUCCAACUACUUCCCACAAUUGUCAAGUCGGCCAGAUAUUGCGCUACCGGCAUAUAUAAAGACGGUUCCGCAGAGGAUUGCAAUGGAGGAUCUCGAAUAUCUGCAGAGAAAAGGCGCCUUUAUCAUUCCCGAACCAGGUCUACGCAACGAGCUCCUCCGAUGCUACGUUCAAUACGUUCACCCUUUCCUUCCGCUUCUCGAUCUGCAAGAAUUUCUGGCUAUCGUGCAAAGAGACCAACCUAGCGACACAGCCAGUUUGUUGCUGUUCCAAGCUGUUAUGUUUGCCGCCACGGCAUAUAUUGACAUGCGAUAUCUGGUUGCGCAAGGAUAUGUUACACGCAAAGCGGCCCGAAAGGCCUUUUUCCAGCGAGUCAAACUUCUAUACGACUUCGAUUACGAGGUGGAUAGAGUCACAGUGGUCCAAAGCGUUCUGCUGAUGACCUACUGGUACGAGAAUCCCGAUGACCCCAAAGACGUCUGGCAUUGGCUAGGUGUGGCUAUUUCUGUGGCACGAACCAUCGGACUGAAUUGCGACACCUCGAAUGCACCAUUAAUGUCUUCACAGCAGUGUCGACUCUGGAAGAGAAUAUGGUGGUGCUGUUAUAUGAGAGACCGUUUGAUCGCCAUCGGCAUGCGGCGCCCCAUGCGGAUCAGCAACGGAGACUCCGAUGUGCCCAUGCUCGAGCUGGCAGACUUUGAAACCGAGCCCCUGCCCACGCAGCUAACCAGAAUGCUUGGUGGCUGUCCUACAGCCAAAGAUAGCACGAAGAGGGUCGCUUUGGCGAGAAUGUGCAUCGCACUGGCCAAGUUAUGUGUAUGCAUCAGCCAGGUCCUUGCUGUUCAAUAUUCCACGCUCGGUCAUAAGAUUGGAGCGACACAAGAGACGACCAUGAGACUGGUCCCCAAGAAAUGUGCUGCAGAUUCAUGUGACGUGAUCCGAUGUGAUCGAGAUUUGGAAGCAUGGUACACAGACAUGCCGCAAGAUCUCCAUUAUUUUACACCAGGCUCUCGAGUUCGGACCAAUGCAGUUGAUGGCGAGGUUCUCAACGUUCACAGAGCCCUGUUGCAAGGAAUUUAUCUCACGGCUCUUAGCGCCCUUCAUCGUCCACAAAUACUGCCAUCUGCGCCAGAUGUAGUCGUGGUUCCAGAGUUACGAGACUUGUCCAAGAGGAAGGUCCGCGAGGCGGCCAACGACAUUACAGACAUGUACCGAGACCUCUUCGUGCACGACAUGAUACGAUUCCUACCGAACACCGGGGUAACCUGCCUCCUCCCAGCCAUCAUCAUUCACCUCCUCGAUCUGAAGUCUCCCGACAUGGAGACUCGAGAAGCCAGUAUCCGCAAAUUCCAAUUUUGCAUGCAGGCCCUGCAGCGGCUACGGGAGAUUUACGCAUCUGCCGAUUUCGCAUUCUCGUUCCUCGAUGCUGCCGUGCGGAAGACGAACUCUCAUGUAUCUGCCGCAUCCAUGCCUAUGAAGACCACCUCUUCCGCCUCAAGCAGCCCCCAGAUCGAUGCAAAACAAGGCCCCGGUGGUCAACUGCUGCUCACUCCUCCACCGGAAGCCAUGCAAACCGCCAACAUGUUACUCUACAAUUCGACCUUGGCCCCAGAGGAGAAGAAUCUGCUUUCCGCAUUCACACCUCCGGGAUCAGCGGGAUCAGAAGGUGAUUUACACUCGUACUCCAUGGAAAGCGGUGACGGUACCUGGACAAAUGUUGGUCAGGCCACCUGUCAUGGAACAGGAGAAAACAACGUCUUUUCUUCGGAGCUGGUUGAAACGGACUUUGAUUCCCUGGUCAAUUUUCAAGAUAGCAACGAUUUGUUUUCUAGCGUGGAAGACGGGAUAGAUAUGAAUAUAUCAUGGUUGGAUGCGUUCGACGGAAGCGAGAUGGACUCGAGCGGAAAUUCCUUUGCCAUGGCGACGAAACGGGAGCCACGCGAGGCUGACAACAUGUCAGGAUAUGCUGAACAGAGCCUCGAUGUUUGUGGUGACCUUGAAGUUGACCUUGGUAUCAGCGUCGCAGCCUGA